AUGAACGGAUCUCCUUUCAAAGGGUUUUAUGCUACCAAAGCCGAUCCAACUGUGCUGCUAGACUAUGCUCAUAUCGAUAGAGACGACGAGACCAGUAUUCUAUUCGUUGAUGGGCUGGUUGCCCAUGGCCAUCGUAUGUUUGGCUUACCUCCAACAGAACCCACGUAUUUCUGCAAGUGGGAUUUUGAUAUAGGAGAUGUUCUCAUUGCUGCUCCUUUAGAGGUAGCAGAAGCUUUUGGAAGAAUUGGCAGAUGUCUAGUUUACUCGUACGAAGACAUGGAAAACUCACUAUUAAUUCCUGAACCACCUCUAUAUGACGUUACCUUUGUAUCAGCUAAGAUCUCUAAAGUCAAGGCUCAGUUUUCAUCUGAAAAGUACAUACUUGAGCUUGUCACCAGUGCUAUCGACUUUAGGUUUAAUGAUCUUGCCAAUGAGAGGUAUUCUGAGAGGGUCACUUUAGAAAUCCCAUCUAUUUGUACCUCUAUUUUGGACCGAUUCCCAUAUGCCAACAAAGCACAUUCUAUCAAAGCGACAUUCAGAACUUCGCUAAUUGUGAGUAACUUCGGUCAAAAGAGAAACAUGGAGUUAUGCAGAGAGUACCAGCAGGAUCAUAUCAGAUUACACGAUGCUCCAUUCCAUAGGUGUGCCUUUGUAUUGGAUUCGAAGCGCAGAAAAUCUCCUGAAUACUCUGUUGCUGGUGUACGUGCUGGUCCUGUUCCAAGUAUUCCAAUUCUUGGUGUCCCACCACCCAUCACCAGGGAUACAAUGCCGAUUUUGGAUCCCAAUCUCGGUUCCGGAGACUUGCAUCGUCAUAAUCUGGGUAGUGAUGAAGCAGCGUCUUCCUCAGCUUCCACCGCCAGUCGUUUCAAUGAGUCAUUAUCCAACUCUUCAACUGACAUAAGUCUGUCACUGUCAGAUGAUGAUGAAUCUGUUCGGUAUCGACCUGGCCCGGGAAACCAUGGCCACGGACUGACUCGUCGACCGCCGUAUGCUGUCGACACUCAGAAAGAUGUCGCAAAUAACCCAUUCUUACCUGCUCGAGGCUGGAAGCUGCUCGAAAAGAUAUCUGCUGACCUUUUGACUGAUGAUGAUUUUAAUUUACAGCCAACUUCCAAUUACAACAAAGGAGAGGUCGCGUCACCUAUGUCUGUACUUGAUCCCUCGACAAAAUACGAAAACUUGGUUAUACAAUUCGGUUCUGUCGAAGGUGAUGUGAGCCCUUUUGCAUUGGGUGCCAUAAACGAAAUAAUAGAAUCAAUGGGUAAAGAAGACAUGGAAACUUCAAUGGAUACAUUGCAAAUAGAGUUUUUCAAGAGAUUGCAUAUGAGACAUGUCACAGUACUGAACCCCGAGGUCACCAAUAUUAGACUUAUUGUCCCCAAUAUCUCAAUUAAAUAUGGAGAUUUGGAAAUCAGAGAGGAAAGUCGUAAUGUCCUCAAUCUUGAGAACCACAUUUAUUUUGAUUUUCAUGGACUAAACCUGGUGGUAAGGUUGCGGGAGCAGUCCAGUGUUGACCAAAUGUUACAGGCUCAACAUAGCCCUAUAAAACACACUGUCUACCUCAAUCUUGACAAUUCCACUAUUGGUGUACGAAAGGGAGGUGAGACUGCUUCUAAUAUAUUUGAGGGUGCAAGAGAAAAUAGCCCUGUAGUACUUCAGAUUGAUCGUACUGAGUUUUGGUGGCACGAAGACCAAGAAACGACUGGUUCCCUUCGUAUAAAAGCGGUCGACUCAUUUGUUAUGAGCGAGCAGGUACGAUGGGUCGCCGAGUUUUUGGAUAAUAAUAUCGAAGAACUGAAGAGGAUCAAUGUCUCAUCCACUAAUGAAAGUAACCGACCAAAAAUUAAGAAGCAGCAACAGGAUCAUAACCGCACAGCCUAUGUGCUGUAUCAGUUGGCAAAGGCUGGUGAGUCUUUCAAUAUCCAGCGAGACCCAUCGGUACUUACUCGACCAGCUUAUAUUAUUCAAUCACCUAUGCACAUUCGUGCCAGUACUAGUUGGAAAAUUAUAAUGCGACUCCGUCAUAUUCUGCGUACCGUGCCCAGUGAGUGGCGUGAAUACCAUACUGAGUUUCUUUUGAAUGGUUCGUUUGAAACCCCACCAGACAUUAAAGAACAAACUAUUAAUAUUUUUGCCCGGUGGAGAAACUGGGAAAUGACCAAUAUAUCGAGCAGUUACGUGUUUGGCUAUGUUUUUAUGGAGACUUCGUUGAAGGAGAGAUUGAUGUCUGUUGCGACUAGUACUUCUUUGGAUAUCGAAAGUAUCGGCUUACGACUACAGUAUUCGGAGUCUGAGGAUUAUCUCUGUUUUGACUAUUUGAAGCUGCUUUUUAACUGGUCCGGUAAGCAGUAUAACGAGGGCCCCGAUUCUAUAUCUCCUCAUGACUCAGUUGAAGAAGAUAAUAACAGACUGUUGGAUUUCGAGUCCGUUUUGAGCUGUUUGCAUAUAAGGAGUCGAUAUAGUUAUCAUCUCCUCGAGGUGUAUGACAGUGUGUCUGAUAUGAUAUUCAAGAAAAAUCCCCAAGAAGUUGUCAAAACUGAAUCGACUGAAUCGACAGCAGCUGUUGAAAGCCAAGCGAAGAAUACUCCUGGUGUAUUAUUCCCAAUGGUUGCUAUGCGUACAAGUUUUCUUUUGGACCAGUUAUCAUCGGUCUUCAUUUUACCAUCAGCAGAACUUGAUCUACAAGGCCAUCAACUAAAACUAACUGCCUUCUUUGAACAGCUUGAUCCGGCGAACCGAAUUGAUGCAGCAGUUAAUGUCAUUACGAAUUGUUCAAGUUUCGCAAUAGCUCUAAACAAGAGAACCCCUUUAUAUGGUACAAAGCUUUCACAAGAAAAGAUGUUACAGAUACUGGUAAACUCAUCUGUUUUAACAUAUACUAGUUAUGGGCCAAUGACAACAUGCUCGAAAUAUAUUGCGGCUCGUUCAACUGAAUUCAAUGUUUCAAUGGAAAAAGAUUUGGAUCAGCAAUUGGAUUUUGCUUCCCAGUUACUGAGACAUGACUGGAGAUGUCUCCGCGAGCACGUCAAGGCUUGUCAGAACAGUUCAGAAGCUCCUAUUCCGAAAAAGACAGAUCCUGCCUUGCAGUAUUCAGGAAAUCUAUACAUCCAGCUUAAUGCUGUCCACACAAAGCUAACAUUGAGGCUUCUACCGUCCCUGUCAACAAUAUACCAGGCCGAAAAUGCGUUUAUUAAAGCGAAUCACUCCGAAAAAGAGGAUUUUGGAGUUGCUGAAUUAAGUAUUGAGGAACAGUUGUUUAGAGCCGGUAGUAACCUUGCUGACUUAGAGGCUGGUUUUGAAUUGUUCGCAUUCAAGAUGAGUCCAGCUGUAGUAUUGAUACGCAAGGAAGAGCUAAAAGGAAUGAAAGAUCACUCUUUGGAAGUCCUAGGAUCUGUUUCUGAAUUGAGCUUCAACACAGAGUCUGUAGCGCAGUUGCUGAAACUGGCUCAGAGUGGAAUUUGGCAAGAUGAAGCGAAGGCUCUCGAAACUCAUAUCAACAAUUUCAAGAAAGAGGUUUGUGCUGUUACUAUGUUAGGUGAGCCUCCUGCUACUGAAACUGUAGCAUCCCAGAAAUCUGUCAAAUCAUUGAAGCCACCUUUAAUUAGGCUGAGUAUGACUUUUGGUAAAACAUCUAUGCUGAUUCCUGCUUACGGAUACAAUGCUGUCAUGGAGGUGGAUGGAUUCGGAAUCCAAGCAAGCUCGUUCAUUCGGUUUGAGGACGGCUUUGCUGAAGGUUUCGUUACCAGAACCCCACUAUUUAUUACAACGUCGAUGGAUGAAUUUAAAGUGCUUAUUUAUCGUAAAUCAAGUGAACAAGAGAAGUUCGUAUUUAUACGACUGCAAACUGCCAUGCAGCUCAGGCUGUCACAGGAUGGUGGUAAGAAGAUCAAACAUUUAUUAAGUCUCAAGAGCAACUUUACUCGUAUUUCGUUCACUCCAGUAAUAAUUCAGGCAUUAGUGGAAGUCGUUAGCAGCUUUUCCGAGGAUAUGUCCAAGUAUUCAGUGCACGAGAAAGGUGCUAAUCCAGCAACGUCUGAAAUUGGUGAGCCUAAAAUUAGCGAUGAACUUGGACGUGGAUUUGUGGACAAGUUUUGUCGCAAUUGCACGGCCAGUAUGCUUGUUAAUGACGUUUCUGUUGCCUGGUUGUUUGAAGAUCGGGGCCCAACAAGGUUUACCUCACACCCAGGUUUGCUUUUUGGCUAUGAAGUGCUUGAUAUUCAGGUAGUUUCCUUUGCUUCUCAUAUGGUCUUGAAAAACGUCUAUUUGGCGCCAGCAUCUGAGAGACAAAUAUUCCUCACCAAGCCAGUAACCUCAAGAACAGCCAACUCAGCUCUCUUACCGAAUGUUGAAUUAAGGGCUGAAUUUGAGCAUGAGGUAUCUUUACAAUUAGCUGGUGAGUCUUUGAAGUUGACGUUACUUCCUAAUUGCGUGGUUCUGGUAUCAAUGUUCUUAGAUUCGAUUUCUGCAGCUCAAGCCUUGAUAGAACAGAGUGCACUUUCUGCGGAUAUCUCUACUGUGCCUGAGACUCCAGCACCUGUGAAGCCUCUAAGAUUUCCUUUCUCGUGGCGUUUGAACCUCAAAUUUGAUGGCGCAGUAAUUGAGCUUUGGGAUGAAGGAGAAUUUUUCGAUACUGGAAAGGUUUCGAAACCUACUGUCAAAAAGAACUCGAUGUACAGUGAAGAAGGUGAUACGACGGGCCCUGAAGAUGAAGAUGAUUUCCGAAUUCCAUCUUUAUCACUUCAAACCCCCGCAUUGAAAGCAAUAUUUGAGUAUAACUCAGAAGGAAACAAGGGAUCGAAAGAUAGGUUUGGAUGCGAAAUUUCCAUCACACCUACAUCAAAUGUCAUAUAUUCCCGAGUUGUGCCUGUAGUUGUCAGUAUGACAAGACUGGUCAAGGAAGUUGUGCGGGCAAAUCAUCAAUUUAACACGGCGAGGAAGCGUGAGAAGAACUUAUUAGUCAAUAAGACGGUUAGAAAGCACUCUGCAGCUGGAAACGGCCCUACUACUGAAGAUGUGGAGUUGUUAUUUUCGGCUAUUGACGCCAAUAUCAUGAUUCGAUUUGAAAGUCAAGAGCUAACUUUCAGCUGUCUUCCGACAGCAAAAGUUUCUGCAACGGUGUCGGUUGAUAGGUGGUUUAUCGGGGUGCAUUCUGGCGAAGUGGCUAAACAGGGACGUAUAGUUACGGCUGCUUUCAGCAUCCAGAAUUUCAAAGCUUCAUUGCAACACCAAUAUUCAAGAGAUGUCAGUGGGUACAUUGCCCUAGAAGAUGCUAUGAUCAUGCUGACAAAGGGAAAAGAAAAUACACCCUUGGAAUCUAUUCGGGUAGCAGGCAAGAUCAGUAGCAUUAUCUUUGAUUUGAACAUGAAACAGAUGCAGGACUUGGAAGUGUUCCAAAAUAUUUGGAUGCCCUCCGGAACACUCAAUACUCAACAAGUAAGAGAGCCACGUAUGGAGAUAGCAAGCGAUCCUGACUAUGGUAUGGUGAUGAAGUUCCGUCGCGCCAACACAACUGUAGCAAUUCCUUGGUCAAUUGAUUUCACUAUUAUUAGAAUCCAGGGAUAUAUCGAUAUGGGUCAGUCAAUCGGGAAAUUCGACUGUAAACUGGACAGAUUCUGGAUUAGUUUGCAGAAGAGCUUGGACUGGGAGCAACAUUUGUCAUCAGGAAUUGAUCUUAUCUUUUUGCAGUCGCAUGGUCGGUUAGAUACUACGGUUUCAUUAGAAAAACCGCAUCUUCGUACUGCAAUAAAGUGGGACAAGGAGGUAGAAAGUUUCACUGUGCCAUUGGUUCAGGCUGUAGCUGGAUUUAGCGCGUUUGAGGUUAAAAUUUCACUCGAGUAUCAUGUGUUUGCAAUGGUUUAUAUUAACUCUGUUCACUUUGCAAUGUCAAAUCAGCGGGAUCACAACAAGAUUCUCGGUGAUCGACUGAUUGCAGUUGGAGAGCUUGGAACAGUAAACUUUUUCUUCACGGCGUUAGCAGCAUCAUAUUUUGUCGAUGUUGUGUAUACAUUCAAAAGACUGAGAAAGGCUAGUCAUGCAUCGUAUGAGGCUAUUCUUAACGAUUCAUCUGAUAAGCAACAGACACACACAAAUACUCCAAAAACAAAGAGGCAUGAUCGAAAGAAACUUGAUGAUGAAGCCCUAUCUAAUCUCUUCUCCAAACUGCGAACAAUGUUUGAUUUGAGGAUAAACUCUCUUAAUCUGUAUAUUUAUCCUGGAAGCUUUACUGACAGUACCUUGUUUACUGCUAGUUUGAACGCAGCUCAUGCUCGCUUCAUACAGGAACAGAAAGAUGGCACUUUGGAAUCUGAUCUUAGACUUAACAUGAAGAGUGUUCUAGUAGCUCUUGCUACUUCAAAGGCGGCCCCUGAUUUGGAUAUUGGUUUGAUUACGGUACCUGAAUUUGUAUCAUUUGCCGGCCAGUCUGUUCGUGGCAGCACAAUUAUUUUCGUCCCAGUAUUCCAUGUCUCUAUGAGGUCGUGGCAAAAGUUUGGACAGCCUGUGGUUGAAUACACUUUUACCAGCUCCAUUGGUGGUAGGGUGGAUAUCGGAUGGAACUUGGGAUCGGUCACUUUCAUCCGUGAAAUGUGGGAGAAUCAUGCACGGGCUCUCGCUCAGAGACAGAAGACUUAUUCGAUGACGAUCAGUGAUUCCAAGGUUAUUGCUACUGGUGCUGAUCUGGAUAAGAAUCUUAAAGAGGUUGAAUUGAACCCUGUAUUCAAGUAUAUUGCAAGAGAACCGCCAGAUAUCGCAACACCCCAGUUGCGUCAAAUGGGUGAAGCCACCCCACCGUUGGAGUGGCUCGGUCUACAUCGACAAAAGUUCCCUGGUUUGACUCACCAGUUUGUUAUUGUUGGACUACAAUCGCUUGUUCAUAAUAUCGGUAAGUAUUUUGUGCAUUAUGAGAUUGCACUAUUGGAGUUGAAUGAAAACUAA